AUGGAAAACAACCAAAUAUCACUCCAGGAGAAUGUCGCCAAUGCUUUUAGGGAACGAGGUAUUCCUGUUAAACGUGAUGACAUUAAUGCUGCUCUGGCAGAUGCCGACGCUUGCAAAUGGAUAGAAAAUCAUCUUACUCCAGAAACGCUUCUGUCGAAAGAAGAAUUAACCGUGUAUACAAAAAUCGAAGCAACUGGAUUCCUCAAAGGCAUUCUGCAUGGCCAAGAAAUAUCAUCAACAAAACCUUUCCUAGAUGAUGAAAUACGCAAAGCGAUUGGAUCACUCAAGGCUUCGACCGCGGCCGUUGAGCACCAAACGGAGACAUUGAAGCUGCAAUGCAAAGAGCUUAAGUCCCAGAUUCGCAACGGAAAUCAGUCUCGGCAACGAGAAACGAAGGCGUGGGCCCAAUGGAAAAAUAAACACGCGCUGGAGAAACAGCAGAUUGAUGUUGCGGUUGAAGACCUCACCCACGAUUUUGAGACGACUCUCAGCUCAAUGAAGUCCUUAUUGACCACCGAAGCUCAUACCUUGCUCCCUCAAUUGGUUGGCAAAUUGAAAGACGAUAACCAAUCUCUGCAGAGCUUGGAAAAAAUGGUGUCAAUAAUUCAAAUAGACACUGCUGAUAAAGAGCUUAGUGCACGGGCUACCGAGCUAACUGCGAAGCUCUCCAGAUACCUUGUUGAGGAAGUCCACUCGCGAUUGGAUCGGGUAUAUAUUGAAUAUUUGCAAAGCAACGCUCCAGGAAUAGAUGAAGGUGACGAAGAAGCAUUAGCGACUCUCCAGGAAGAGAUUAACUCAUUAUAUUCGGAAAUCGAAAUUCUUUCGGAAAUGACCACUCAACAGGAAUACAAGGUUCCGAUACUUCGCGCUCUUGAAAGUAGCGGAGCGGAGGUUUUUGAUAUUAUACUCGACUUAACUCAAUCCACUGAACGAAUAACCGAAAAGUUAAAUAACCGGCAAUCGCACCAAACGGCAUUGAACUAUCUAGCUACAAAAUACAACUGCGAAAAGGAAAGUAAACAAUCAGAGGGGCAGGCGGGAAAAGCAAUGACACCACAGAAACGCUUGUCUCGACUGUCAUACAUGCCCUCGACGCCUAAAGAUACUGAUCGAAAAAGCUCACUUUCUCUUCCACUUGAUCAUGGCUCAAAAGCUCUUGAACAGCUCCUCCGGCGACUCGGGGUUUCUACUAUCGAUCUCGUGGAAAGCGGCUUAACACGUGAAGCGUCAAUGGCCUUUGAUGAGAAGAAGCAGCACAUGUUGGAAACGCUUCAAAAUCUGCUAUCUACCGCCGACUCUCCUCUUUCUCUAUACUUGGGAACAGCUGACCAAGCUGCUCAGUUACUGCAUUCCGCCCUGUAUGCGGAUUCGAGUUUCGAAAUUGCUAUGGUAGACGGUACGCAGGAUGGGAAACUUGGCGCAUUGGAAAGACAGAUUGAAGUGCUCCGGAAAGGGAUUAAUGGGCUUGAUGUUGGUAUCUUGCAUGGUGGGGACAAGGCGCAGGAGAAGUUUAUGGAGAGAUGGGGAUGA